UCUGGCAGAGGUUUUGAAAGUACCGGCAACAACGUGCAUGUUUCUAUUGUAAGUUUGUUGGAUACGAAAUAGAAACGUAAAGUAUAAUUUACAAAAUAAAUACAUGAUGAAGAUAGAAGAAGUGAAAAGUACGACGAAAACUCAACGUAUAGCAACUCAUAGUCACGUUAAAGGACUUGGUUUGGAUGAAAAUGGCAUGUCAAUACCAAUUGCUUCUGGUUUAGUUGGACAAGAAUUAGCCAGAGAGGCUGCUGGAAUUGUUGUAGAACUUAUUAAAAGUAAAAAAAUGGCUGGUCGAGCUGUAUUGUUAGCAGGUCCACCAGGUACUGGCAAGGUAUCUAUAGUGAUCUAUUGUGGACUUAGAAUUAAAGAAACUAAAGAAGUAUAUGAAGGAGAAGUUUCAGAAUUAACACCCUGUGAAACUGAAAAUCCUAUGGGAGGCUAUGGUAAAACUGUAAGUCACAUAAUAAUUGGACUGAAGACAGCUAAAGGAACAAAGCAACUCAAACUUGAUCCUACAAUCUAUGAAAGUUUACAAAGAGAAAAAGUAGAAGUGGGUGAUGUUAUUUACAUUGAAGCUAACAGUGGUGCAGUAAAAAGACAAGGAAGAUCAGAUGUCUAUGCAACUGAAUUUGAUUUAGAAGCUGAAGAAUAUGUUCCAUUACCAAAAGGAGAUGUUCAUAAGAAGAAAGAAGUUAUUCAAGAUGUUACAUUACAUGAUUUGGAUGUUGCAAAUGCUCGUCCACAAGGAGGACAAGAUAUUUUAUCUAUGAUGGGCCAGUUAAUGAAACCUAGAAAAACUGAAAUUACAGAUAAACUAAGAAAAGAAAUCAAUAAGGUUGUAAAUAAAUACAUUGAUCAAGGUAUUGCUGAACUGGUACCAGGUGUACUUUUUAUUGAUGAAGUGCAUAUGUUGGAUAUUGAGUGUUUCACUUAUCUUCAUAGAGCAUUGGAAUCUUCAAUUGCACCUAUUGUAAUUUUUGCUACUAAUCGUGGAAGAUGUACAAUUAGAGGAACAGAUAUUUUAUCUCCUCACGGAAUUCCUUUAGAUCUUUUGGAUCGUCUCAUGAUCAUUCGUACAUUGCCUUAUUCUCAGGAAGAAAUGGUUCAGAUACUUAAAAUUAGAGCACAAACAGAAGGAAUAGAAAUUGAUGAAGAUUCUUUACAAGCUCUUGGAGAAAUAGGAAGCAAAACUACUCUCAGGUAUGCUGUUCAGUUAUUAAGUCCUGCCAACAUAUUAUCAAAAGUAAAUGGCCGUACAUCAAUCAAAAAAGAGGACAUCAAAGAAAUAAGUGAAGUGUUUCACGAUGCCAAAUCUUCUGCUAGGUUACUUGCUGAACAGGACGACAAGUACAUGAAAUAGAAGAAUAAAUAAAUAUUUUCAUAAUUUACUCUAUUGUUAUUUUAGUUGUAUAAUUUCAUAGUUAUUUGCAAAGUUGUUUCAUGAAAUAUUUUAUUUCACUCGUGAGAGAGAAAAGUGAAUGUUUUUAUUGCACUGCAUUCAGUGUUAUUCUCUUGUAAAUUAUACAUAAAAUAAAAAUUAUAUAUAGAAAAUUACUUUAUUAAUGUUGA